CACAUUAGCUUCCUCGUGUACGGCUUGCUACUAAGCUACUAUAUAUCUACACGUGCACAUAUAUACGCACGGUCCCAUUUCCGUCGAUGAACUGAGACUCGACCGAUCGAACCUACGGCGUUUAGACCAAAGUGAUCGAGCAUCACCUGGCCGCCCGGAAUCCAUGGAUAGCAGCAGCUGGAUCCACUACGGCGCAAACAGCGGUGCCGCCGGCGGUAACAGCGGCUUGAUGUGCGGUUACGCCGCCAGCUGCGUCGCCCCUGAAGGGCUGUACAGCAGGAAGGAGGAGGAGGAGCGUCACGAGCUGCUCGUCGGCGCGCAGAUUCAGCACCACCUCAACCAGAUCAGCAUGCAGAUGAACAUGGAAGACGAGCCAGCUGCGUACAUCCUCCCUGCCGGCGACAGGGCCGCCGUGGGCAUGCAGCAGUCCGUCCUAGACGAAUUCGAAUUCCCCCACUCGCACCACGCCGGUGGCUGCAGCUUCCCCUCCUCGUCAUCCACCUCCUCCUCGUUCCGUUCCGCCUCGCUCUCUUGCAGCCCGGAGAUCUCCUCGGCGAACGCCCUGCCCGCCGCCGGCCUGCAGUUCCCCGAGGUCUCCUCUCAUGUACCGCCGUUGGUGCUCCCCUAUGACGACGACCACCACCAGCACGCCCUGAACUUCCACGACACGGCCGCAAUGGCUCCUGGCGUGAUGCCGCCAAGCGCGUUCAGCCGCUACGCGCGGCACCUCGGCGCGAGGCGGAGGCCGAAGCCGGCAUGCGGGCAGAAGAUGUUCAAGAGGUCCAUGUCCGUACUAGUCAAGAUGCAAACGGCGAUGAGGUACAGCCAUCAGCAGCACCACUUCCAGCAAGCGUCGGCUGAGGCAGAGCUGUCGUCGGUGAACCAGCUGCAGCACAUGAUCUCCGAGCGCAAGCGCCGGGAGAAGCUCAACGACAGCUUCCAGGCUCUCAAGACCGUCCUUCCUCCCGGCUCCAAGAAAGACAAGACGUCGAUACUGAUCACCGCGAGGGAGUACGUGAACUCCCUCAAGUCCAAGAUCUGCGACCUCGAGGAGAAGAACCAGGAGCUCCAGGCGCAGCUGGCCCGGUGUGCCGGCGGCUCUUUGGUCGAAGACGACGCGGAGAGGAUCGAGGUCCAAAUAAUUAGAGCCGCCGCGACGGAUGAUCAGGAAGAUGGGACGGCUACGAGUGAGGUCUGCACGGUGAAGAUAGCGGCGAGGCCGGCGCACGGCAACACGACGGACGUGGUGCUCAGGACGCUCCAGUGCCUCAAGGAUCAGAUGGGGGAAGACGACGUCAGCCUGGUGGCGAUGAGCACCAGUGACGGCGACGGCGGCAACGGCCUUACUGGAGCAUUCCUGACGAUGCAGCUCAAAUCAGCAUCCGGCGCAAAGUGGGAGGAGGAGGCGGUCAGGGAAGCCGUGGCGAAGGCCAUCGCAGUACGCACAGGCGCCGACCGCCGUGGCGACGCCGCCGGCCGGCCGGUCUCGGCACGCUGAAUGAUUAAGCUGCUGCUCUAUCCAAUGGCCGGCUCGUCAGGAGACCGCCGUUGGCUAACCACCCACCGCCGACGGACGCAUACAGUGCCGUCAGAACAACAAAGUACAAAUAGUAGUAGUAUGACUAAUUUAAUCGCCUUACUAUCGCUGUGACUGGGAGGCUGAAAGCAUGCAUGGCCAUGAAUGAUGCAUGGACAAUUCUACUGUUCGGAGUCGAGGUGACAAGAGUUGACGGACGAAUAACGGAGGAUUAAAUGGAAGAUCGCCGUCAUGUUGACCGUGCAAUCGAUCCAACCAUGGAAAAACAUAUGCACACAGCGUUUGAUUAGUGUCGACUCAUCAGCAUGAGCUUGUAUGCAUGUCACCCUCAAAAGGCUUAUAUUCAUGUACAGGAGCUUUGAUUUUGUUAAGGAGGACUGUGAUUACAUGCAUGUGCUUACUUGACUUACCGAAUAUAUAUAGUACAUUAUUCUUGAGAA